AUGUCUCGUUCAACCGCUCAGCCUUCGUUCCAGGAUAACGCCGACUUCAAGGACGCCGAUCGAGGCCACGUUGCAUCUCUGGAGACCUGCCGCUUUAAAAACAAAGAUGGACAGAUUGUUUGGAAUAACGAGGACUAUGCUUUUCUGCAAGGCGAUUGCCCAUCGACGGUACAUCCGAAACUCUGGCGACAAGGACAGCUGAACACGAAGCAAGGUCUGUUCGAGGUCACGACAGGCGUUUAUCAAGUCCGCGGCUUCGAUAUUUCCAACAUGACGCUUAUUGAAGGCAAGACCGGUGUCAUUGUGCUGGACGUCCUCGCAUCGACCGAGUGCGCGGCUGCAGCACUGGACUUCUAUCGCAGCCACCGCGGCAACCGAGCAGUGGAAGCAGUCAUCUACUCACACUCGCACUAUGAUCAUUUUGGUGGCGCGCAAGGUGUCCUAUCGACGGCUACUGACAACGAGCCCCAAAUACCGAUACUUGCUUCAGCUGGCUUCAUGGAUGCCGUGCUUAAAGAGAACAUAGUCGCAGGUCCCGCAAUGCGAAGACGGGCUGUCUAUAUGUUUGGUGGGUCUCUACCUAUCGGACCAGAAGCUCAUGUGGGAUGCGGCUUGGGUACGGCGGCUUCCAGUGGCACUACGAUCAUCCUACCGCCGAAUGAUACUAUCGUCGCGACCGGCGACGUACGACUCAUCGACGGAGUAAAGCUCAUGUUCCAGAUGGUACCUGAGACUGAGGCACCGUGCGAGACGAACGUCUUUCUCCCUGACCAGCGUGCCGUCUACAUUGCUGAGUGUGCAACUCAUACUAUGCACAAUAUCAUCACCUUGCGAGGGGCUCAGGUUCGGGACGCAAAGAAGUGGUCUAAGCACUUGGACGAGACUCUCGACUUGUACAGUCACGAUGUCGAUGUCAUUUUCUCGGGUCAUUAUUGGCCAACUUGGGGUCACGACAACAUCGUCGAAUUCAUUUCCGAUCAACGAGACCUCUACGGCUAUAUGCAUGACCAGACAGUCAGACUGAUGAACAAGGGAAUGACAGGAACUGAAAUAGCGGAGCAGCUCCAACUCCCACCAGCAUUGCAAAAACAAUGGUAUGCCGGGGAAUACUACGGCUGCUUAUCACAAAAUGUGAAGGGCAUCUACCAGCGUUAUAUGACGUGGUUCGAUGGUAAUCCAGCUAACUUGUGGAAGCAUCCACCAAAAGAGGAGGGAACCCGCUAUGUUGAUUGCAUGGGUGGCCCCUCGAUUGUCAUUAAAAAGGCCAGAGAUUUCGCAGACGCAGGUGAUCUUCGGUUCGCCGCAACCCUCCUCGACCAUGUUGUAGCGGCCGAACCAAGCAACGAACAAGAGCAACAUGAACUGGCAUCAGUAUAUGAGCGGCUUGGCUUCGGUGCUGAGAAUGCUGAGCUACGAAGCAAGAGUCAGGUAAUAACACCACAAAAUGUCAUCGCCAUCAAUCCGCAGUCGACUGUCGAGGAUUGGCUCGACGCUCUCUCGCUGCAGAUAGACGGACCGGAAGCUUGGAAGACGUGUCUUCAAACGAUCUUGAUCAAUGUCCCAGAUGAAAAGACCUCAUGGGUAUUGACGUUGAGAAACGGGACACUGACGUGCCGCAGGAGAGCUCUGGGCAGUCCGCUGAGCAGCAAGCCGCCCAAUCUGACGAUGACAGUCAGUAAGAGCGAGGUGUACGACAUGAUUGCCAAUGGCAACAUAGAUGCGGCCAAGAGCACAUCGCAAGGCAAGAUGGAGGCGAUGAUUACUUUGCUGGAGCUGUGCAAUUUCGUGUGA